GCCACUCUGUUCCUGCACCCCACAGACUUGGCAUACAGAAAGGAAUUUGGGCUGAAGGAUGCGGACAGACCACAUUGCUUUAUCAGAAACCUUGGGGCCUUCCUCAUUGCUGCCCGGAAGCUGCCAUCGCAGCCAGGAGCGAGUCUGUCCCUAAGACGGGGGACUACCCCGUCGGGGGCUCACACCCACAGGGCCGUCACCGUUUCCAGGGCGCACAGGGCAGACGGGUGUGGGAACGCCCGAUUUCCGACACGGGACGGGCUGCAAAGGGGAACAGGCUUCGCUGCCGGCAGCAGCCGACGCUCCACGCACCUCUCCGCUGGAGGCCUCGGCGCCCCGCGGCACGGGGAGGAGCGGAGCGGGAGGGGCGGGCUGCGCGCGGGAGGCGUCGUGUCGCGUCCCCGCCCCGCGGCGCUCUCCCCGCACACGCCCGCCCUGCGCCGCCGCCGCGAGCCGCGCCGCGCCGCGCCGAGCCCAAGCAGCAGCCGGUCCCACUCCCCCGCCGUCGCCAUGAGCUUCUUGUUUGGCAGUCGCUCUUCCAAAACCUUCAAACCAAAGAAGAACAUUCCAGAGGGAUCUCACCAGUAUGAGCUGCUUAAACAUGCCGAGGCCACGCUUGGAAGUGGUAACCUCAGGAUGGCUGUUAUGCUUCCAGAGGGUGAAGACUUAAAUGAAUGGGUUGCAGUUAACACUGUUGACUUCUUCAACCAGAUCAAUAUGCUCUAUGGAACCAUUACGGACUUCUGCACAGAGGAGAGUUGUCCCGUGAUGUCUGCUGGCCCGAAGUACGAGUACCAUUGGGCAGAUGGGACAAACAUAAAGAAACCAAUUAAGUGCUCUGCGCCAAAGUACAUUGAUUACCUGAUGACUUGGGUCCAGGAUCAGCUGGAUGAUGAAACGCUAUUUCCUUCUAAAAUAGGUGUACCGUUCCCAAAGAAUUUCAUGUCAGUGGCAAAGACGAUUUUAAAGCGCCUCUUCCGAGUUUAUGCUCACAUUUAUCACCAGCACUUUGAUCCAGUGAUUCAGCUACAGGAGGAGGCACAUCUUAACACAUCCUUCAAGCACUUUAUAUUUUUUGUUCAGGAAUUCAACCUUAUUGACAGAAGAGAGCUUGCACCACUUCAAGAACUGAUUGAAAAACUCACCUCUAAGGACAGAUAAAAGGAAGAGGAUUUUUUAAGUCACUUGUUUCUUUAAGCAAGCGUGUGGUAUAUGUUUGGUUUUUUUUUUUUUUUUUUUUUUGCUGUUGUUCAUUUGUUUUUUAAAAACAAAAGAAAAACCUGUGCUGUUAUUCCUAACAGCCAAGAUCUACUCUCUGUGCUUUUAUUAGGGGAAAUCUUUUGUCUGUUAGUGACAUGCAGUAAAUAGCUUUUUUUUUUGAUAGUUAUUCAUUGUGGAAUUUUAGCAGGUGCUGAGUGUUUGUAAAGGAAACAUGCUUGGCUGGGGGUUUGACUCUGCUGGUGGAUGGGUUCUGUAUUGUGUCAAUGGUAGCCCAUUCUAAUGAAGUCCCUGGAAGACUUCCUUAUAUUCUCUAAGUGCCUUGGCAGACUCACUUCUGAGGUGCAAAGCACAUACAAUACUGAACAUUGCUGGAAACAGAAAAUAUGAACUAACAUCCAGGAUACUUACUGAUACUUGUUUUAGGAAAAAAAAAAAUAAAAUAUAUAUAUAUAUAUAUAUACAUAUAUAUAUAAAUACUUACAGUAAAAAAAGCCAUAACUUACUUAAAUCGAUGAUCUCCAGCUUUUAAUACAAAUAUUUGUCUUAUUUUUUUAGAGAGAUUAAUAUAGAUUUUUUCAAAGCUAGAUAUUUCUUAUAACAAAAAGUGACAAUGAAGUUCUAGUCACCAAAUCAGAAUGAAGAAGGUGGUGUCAAAAUUAUAGAGAACCUGUGGUUAGCAAAUAGUUAAUGUCUGUUGCACUGGUUUUUGCUUUUCAUAGUUGCUCUUAUGUUUUGAACAUGUGAAUAAAAUAGCACCUCAAGUCAGGCACCUCCAUUCGAUUUCCAAGUAUUUGCCAAAUGAAUUGUCAGUUUGCACAGCUACAGUUAGGGAAGGUAGUUACUAUCAAAAGUACACUGGAGUAGUACUAAGAAAACUCUGCUUUGAAAAAUAACUCAUGAGGUGAUGUUCCUAAGUUAGAAAUAAAAAGCCCAGCUCUGUGAAGGAACUCUGAUGAUCAGUGUUUUCUACAGUAGGGAAUGUAUCUUGAAGGGAAAAUAAUUUUGUGGAUCAUUUAGGAUUAAGGUUAGCACAGUGGUGUUCUUCCCCACUUAAAAUUGUUACUUGUCUCCAAAGAACUACGGAAUUUUGGAAAAGUAAUUGGAACAUAUCAGUGGUUUAUGAUUUGGCAAGUGCAUCUUUCAUUCCUGAGAGAACAGAACCAAAAUGUCUCCUUCCCACACCUGUGUUAGUCUCUCUGCCUUCCUGUCCUUCUGUUGUCUCAAACCAGACACAAGAAUGACUUGUGGCAAGUUAACUUCUGGAAUGAUCCACAGACAGUGGCUUUGAAAUCUUUGCUGCAACUACAUCAGUGUCUGGUUUCGCAUUGCCCAGAUGUCUGUUGUUCAUUUAUGGGCCUUGUCAAAGCUGUUGUAUUUAGGAUACAAAGAAAUCUGCAUUAGGUUCUGCAGUAUGCUAUCCCAUGAUAUCACUAGUUGCCAAACAUAAUGCACUAGAUGAUUAACACUGCCAGGCUUGGCUAGACUGAGACUGCUACAGCACCUUUUCUGGACCUUAGUAAUGUGAAUGCAUCAAUUGAGCUGUGUAUAUGACCCAAGUAACUCUUAAAACUAAAAAAUGUACAGCUGAAGCCAAGCUGUAUGGUGUAUGGCAGAGAAGUUGCGCGUAUGCUUUGGGUACCUCUGCUAGACUGAAAACACAAGCCUGCAAAAUAUAUCAGUGGCCAUUAAUAUAGCCAGCUAAGAAAUAUUUAAGCACAAUAACAAAUAUAUGUUCAUUUUAGUGACUAGAAUCAUUAUUUUUAAGUUUAAAUAAUAUAUUUCAGAAUCAUCUAUAACUUAUUAUAAGAACAAUGUUAUUCUUCAAUGGAGUUGCAUUUCCUAGUCAGAAUGAAAAUCAGUUUAAACUUCUGUAACUUCUGUCUCUUUUUUUUUCUUUCCCUUCUCACCUGUUUUCAGCUUAAGAACAGUUAAGACGACCUAGUCUGAAAUAGAGAAUGGCCUUGUGUGCUCAUUUCACAGCUUUUCAUUUAGUAAUGAAAACAAGCUGUCUUCUUGAAGAGUGGUGAAGAGUAGUCAUGCAGUAGUGUUCAUGUGAGUUUAGGUUUGGUUACAGUAUAUGUUAGGUACAGUAACUGCUUGCAAAUAGCUGCAGUUUAGCCUAUGUAAUUCAGAUAGUACUUGGCUUCAUUAGAAGCUUCAUUGAAGUUCAAAAAACAUAGACUAUAUUUUGGCACCUCUGCAGGACAACAUCAUUGUCCAAUAGAAGCUGCUUGUAAGUUAAAGACACAAGAAAAUUGUAUUUACUCUGUUUCAGCUUCUUAUGUCACACAGGAUGAAGAUAUUUUCCUAAUUGUGUGACUAUCAAAGGAAAUUGCAUGAUUUUUCUUUAUGCUGAGAGUUGGCAUUGGAUUGGAUUGAUCACAGUCCACACUGGAAGAAUAAGGUGGGUCAGGCUGUUGAUGCAAAGAGAGUUUUCCCUCAAAUAUUUUGACAAAUUCCAAGUUUGAAAAGAGUAAGGUCUUACCCCUUCUCAGCCAGUGACAAUUUUGACUCUCCCAUGUGUACACAUAUACCUGGGAGAUAAAGAAGAGAGGUGCCUAGGAUCUGAUAACUCUUCAGCAAGUUGGGUGAUAGAAAAAGAACUGUGGGGGUACAAGACAACUGAAGGCAAAAGCAAACAAGAGGUACGAACACCAUUUCCUUUUACUUGGGCAAGCCGCUUACAGCUGCAGUAUUCACCUCAAUGCUUUUGUCAGAUUUGCUGUUCAUAAGACAUACUGAUCGGGUAGACAGCCCCAUGAAAUUUUGUUGGCCAGUAGAAGACUCAGUUGGUGGUCUAACAUCUAAAUGCUGCUGUCAGGAGAUGAACAACAUGCUGCUAAGAAAGAAGGAGCUCCCGUGAGCAAGAAAUCUCCCAUGUGUUGGAAAGUUGCAGGAAGAGUCCUUUGCCCAUUUAUUACUUUUUUUUUUUUUUUUUUUGGUGCUGUGUGGCAGCUGGGAAUGCGAUACUUAUGGGGACGGUGUGCGUCAUUCAUGACAUCUUUUCAGCUGCAAACUUGUUUGUAACUGAGUAAGAUAGUGGCAUGAUGUGACCGUGAGCCUGACUGGGGAGCUGUGGCUAGCUCUGGGUGGAGGACUGGAGGGCUCUGUUAGCUCGGGAAUGAAUAACACAAAAGACUGACAUCAUUGCAAUUAUGGAGGUGGAGAGCAUCCUCCUGACAAUGUAAAAGCAGCUUAGCUCCUAAAUUUAAAGUGUGCUUUUUUUAAAUGGACUUCAGUCACGCAGGAAGCUGAAUUCAGAACAUCUUGCACACGCAGCCUUUUAUGCAUACUUCUAUCUGAGAAGUGUUUAAUGACUGAAACUUUCAAGCUUGAGAGGGAGAUCGGCAUCCAGCUACAGAAGCGUGAAGGGUGCUGCAGAUGCAGUUUGAUAGUAAAAGUUUGAUAAAAUUGCCAGUGAAAACUCUUUGCUGAGUUGAUUCAGUGCUGCUCACGGGCUGCAUGUGUGCAUUCUCUGAGCUGAUAACGCUUCUUGGAGCCUUUCAGCCAGCGCCAGAGCCCCUGUUAUCACAUUGCAGUGAGACCGGAGAGUGGUACAAGUCUGCACCAAGGUGUUAAACAAGAGAUAUUCUCCAUCAGAUUUAAAGCUGUCUUACCAGUUUCUGUGUUGAAAAAAGAAUACUUAGAAGUGAGCAUUUGCUGUGAUUGAUGCCACUGCAAUUGCUCACCUAAUUUUCCACUCAGGAGCAUUUUUUUUUCUUCCUUUUUUUUUUUUUUUUUUUUUUUUUUUAAAGCUUCCAAUUCUAUAAAUUCAGAGGCUUCUGCUGCAGUUCACUGAAUAAGAAUUUGAAUGUAUUAUAAAAGGUAUUAGUCUUAAAGGGAUGGUGUAUCUUUUUGUAUUUAGUAUCUGCCAGUAAAAGCAGUUUUACAGAACAGUUUCUAGGUGUGUAAUAAAAGCUUGGAGAUCUUGAUUUGUCUGACAGCAGUAUGAACACACUGUUUAAUUAUACAACGCUUGAAAACAACAACAUUAAUGAUAUGUGUGCAGUAUUUGGGAUUCAGCAUCCCUAUGCUGUUUAUAUUUGCAGCUUUUAUUUUUAUUUUUGUUUUGUUUUCUUCAAAAAGUUGUGGGACCAGAAGUUCAUGUGUGUUUACACUUUUGAUGCAAGGGCACAUCAAAAUGCUACGCAAAAGUCAUGUUUUACAAGCUGAAUCUGAAUAGAUUGAAUGUGUUUAUAAAACAGUGCAUUGUUUGGGGGGAGGACACCUCACUCCCAUAUAAAACCCAGAGAAAUGAACCCUGAAGAAAAUCUGCUGCUUUAGGCCCAUGUUACAGGUGGAUUCUGUUACGUGUCACGAGCGCUUUGAAACAAAACCUCCCUGCUUCAUUGUCACUGGGAGCAGAAGGUGUUGAUGGGCUGCCAGUGCUUGCCGAGGCCUUCCAGUCAGUGAUGUCCUUAAACUCUGGUUGGGGUGUUUGUCAGCUACCAGCAUGCUGAACAUGUCAGUGAUUCUGAUGGUAACUUCAGGAGGUCAUCUACCUCUAGACAGGAUGGGACAAACUGUGAAGUUGAUCACAUUCGGUCACUGUUGCCAAUGUUGACGCCGUUGAGAUGGUGUUGGGUAUGUUGUGCUUGUGUCUUUUACAUUCAAGUCAGAGAUGCAAGCUGAUUUUUAAUUGCAAUUUUAAAAAUGCCACAUUUUGCUGUUGCAGGUAGCUGAGAGGAGAAAACAGGUUUCAAAGGGCUGACAGCCCGUCUGCAAGUACUAAUUUUCUUUAACUGCUUACUAUGCAAUGUGGAGCUUUGAAUUUUAGCUUUUACUUCCAGAUAGAAAGGAGCGCUGUCCUUACUCAGUAUAUAGGACUGAGCGCUCCAGCCUCCCUGAUGCUCCUUUAACAGGUAAAGGAUACCUAUUUGCUGCUAUGGACUUUAUGUACCUUUGAGAUUGUUCCUUUCUGUUUCUCACCUCCCUGUUCUCUUGAACCACGUGACAUAAUUUUACUCCGAACACAUAUGUUUUUGGGUAACUCUUUUUCUUACCAGCCUCUCUCCCGUUCCUACCUGCCAGAGUGCUCUAUGGCUGUCUAUAACCCCCUUUUUAGUUGAACUGUUUUAAAAAGUGCAGUGUGAAUGCAGACUCCUUGCUUUUCUUUCACUGAGAAUCACUUCACUCUGAAUCUUGUUUCCUUUCAUUGCUAUUUGAUUUUUCCUUUACUAGUGCGCUAGUGAAGCCACGAGCAGUUUGAUGAUUGCCUGCCCUCUUUUCCUGGGUGUCUCACCUCGCAAUAAGAGACUAACAUUUGUCGGUGUAAGUGCUGGGCCUUCGCACUGUCCUGCUUUUCUUUCCGCUUCCUUAUAGCCAGGUUAAGAUUGCAGUCUAGGUGAACAUCGGAUUGCUUUUGCUUUAGAAACAAAUUCCCUGAAUCGUUCCUAGAGUAUUUUUAGGGGAAAUUAAUUCUUAUAGCCACUAAACUAAGCUCGUUAAUUUGUAAGCUGCCAGCUUCUGCCGUCUGAGCAGCGCCGCCCGGCUCGGCGUCCCUCUGCGUGGGGAGAGGGGAAUGCGGGAAGAGUGAGGUUUCAACAGAAGGCCAUUUCUGAAGGAGAAAAACAAAAUAGCGCAGAAGCAACGCUAACGCAGCCUCCUCGUUUACAGUCUUUCAACGUCCGGGAGCAAAGACGGUGCAAAAUGGGGGAUGUGAGAGCAGAGCCCUUACUGUCCGCUCGCUGCGCCGAUGUUCCGUUCCCCGGCACCGCUCGGCAUUUCGGUGUUAAGCGAGAACGGCUUGUGAUGUACAGUAACAACAACGGAAUGUCUGAAAAUCCGCACCGUGUCCGAGAGUUGUAAAUAAUGUAUACUGAUAGUAGUACGUGACGGGACAAAAUAUUUAAAUUCUAGGUUUUUUCAACAAGAGCUGAAGGCUGUUUAUAAGAGACAAUAAAUAGCUGUGUUUGA